GCCGCAUCUCAGUCCCUGGCCUCGGAGAACAAUGGAGAACAUCGGUUACAGCGGGCAGAUGAACAUGUCGCCACCUCUCUAUGGUAGCCCGGGCUAUGAGCCACUCAGGGAAGAGAUGGAGUUCCGAGGGGGCCCGGGGAUGCAAAUACAGUCCACUGUACUGACCAUAAGCCCAGAAGCACCGCCCGUGCGGGACCACCUGGUCUGGUCCAUCUUUAACACCCUCUACUUAAACUUCUGCUGCCUGGGAUUCAUGGCUCUGGCCUACUCUGUCAAGUCACGAGAUAGGAAGUUGAUCGGAGACAGAAGUGGAGCCAUGAGUUUUGCGGGCACUGCCCGAGGAUUGAACAUCACUGCCACCCUGCUGAGCAUACUCACAUUUAUUGUUAUAAUUAUCCUUUUGGUAACCGGAGUGAUCACCAUGGUAAAGGCGGCUCAAUCUUAUCCCAAUCCAUAUCCCGGCAACAUAAACCCCUGGGGGAACUGAGGGGGUCCCUUUCUGCGGGCGAUUCUAAGGCAAUGGACACCCGAAACUUCACAAAACCAGAGUAUUUUCCAAGUCCAAAGAUGAAGCGGGAGUUGCCACGUCUCUAGCGAGACUACUCUGCAUGUUUCACUUAUUACUGAACUGUUUAGGUUAGAAAGUGCAUUGACUCAUUGAAUAAAUAUUUGUUUUUGAUUGCAA